ACACAGACUCUCUGUCAGCAGAUGGACGCAGCUUUGCUCUGGUGCACACUCUUUUUUUUCCCCUCGUUAUGUUGCAGCUGAAACGUUUCUCUUUAAUGGAGAUUUGCACGGAAAGCACUGAAGAUUAAUCUGCUCUAGGAAAAUAUCCCUUCUUCCUCUCUCUCUCUCUCUCUCACUCACUCUCUCUUACUGUCUAUCUCUCAAUCUAUCUCUUUAUCUAUCCUUCUCUCUUAGCUGCUUGUGUGGAAGACGGUUUGCAUGCCAAAGCUGCUUUACUUCAGAAAGUCUUGGAGGCGCGCGUGUAAAGAGGAUCCAACAUAGACUGGAUCACCUUUUUGUUUCUUUUUAUUUUCUGGCAAGGACUGCUCAUCCAUGUUUCCUGUUUGGCUGAUGGAUAACCCGAAGAAUACGACACAAUCUGGUACAUAGCUAAAAUAUUUUUUACGAAUUGCACACAGGGAAGAACUGUUUUAAUAGCAUCUUUUUUUGAGUGCACGAUAUGGCGCAUCCUAGUCGGUCUAGGAGUUGCAAAAGCGACCUCGCGCUCCUCCAGGUUGAUUAGCUGUCACUGGAUCCCAUUAUUAUAAGAUAUAAAGUGCAACCCCAUUUUUUAUCCACUAUAAACAACUGUUUUUUUUUGUAUCCCGUCAUCUAUUUGUUUAUUUUGAGUGAACCAUGGCGGAUAAAGCCGGUCUCGGAGUUCCAAAAACGGGCUCGCGCUCAUCCACGUCGCUUCCUCCAGAGCCCACCGAGAUCAUCCGCACCAAAGCCCGCACCAGAAGAGUGCGGAUCAACGUGGGAGGCCUGAACCACGAGGUGCUAUGGCGGACUCUGGACCGGCUCCCGCGCACGCGUCUGGGGAAGCUGCGCGACUGCAAUACGCACGAGUCGCUCAUGGAGGUUUGCGACGAUUACAGCCUAAACGAGAACGAGUAUUUCUUCGACCGGCAUCCGGGCGCGUUCACGAGCAUCCUGAACUUCUAUCGCACUGGGAAGCUGCACAUGAUGGAGGAGAUGUGCGCGCUCUCGUUCGGACAGGAGCUCGAUUACUGGGGUAUCGAUGAGAUUUAUCUGGAGUCGUGCUGCCAGGCGCGCUAUCAUCAGAAAAAGGAGCAGAUGAACGAGGAGUUGAGGAGGGAAGCGGAAACUCUGCGCGAGAGGGACGGAGAAGGGGAGUUUGACCACUCCUGCUGUCCUGAUAAGAGGAAGAAACUAUGGGAUCUUCUGGAGAAGCCGAACUCCUCGGUCGCUGCGAAGAUCUUGGCCAUCAUCUCCAUCCUCUUUAUCAUCCUCUCCACCAUUGCCUUGUCCCUGAACACACUACCUGAGCUCCAGGUGACAGAUGAGUAUGGCCAGGCAAAUGAUAACCCUCAGCUGGCACACAUCGAGGCUGUCUGCAUCGCCUGGUUCACCAUGGAGUACCUGCUGCGCUUCCUGUCUUCACCCAACAAGUGGAAAUUCUUUAAAGGACCUUUAAAUGUAAUCGAUUUGUUAGCCAUCUUACCUUACUACGUCACUAUAUUUCUGACUGAGUCGAACAAGAGCGUGCUACAGUUCCAGAACGUGCGGCGGGUGGUCCAGAUUUUUCGCAUCAUGAGAAUCUUAAGGAUCCUUAAGCUGGCCAGACAUUCAACCGGACUCCAGUCGCUUGGCUUUACGCUCAGACGGAGCUAUAAUGAGCUCGGUCUGCUCAUACUGUUCUUAGCGAUGGGAAUUAUGAUAUUCUCAAGCUUGGUGUUUUUUGCAGAGAAAGACGAAGACGCAACAAAAUUUACGAGUAUACCAGCUUCAUUUUGGUGGGCCACUAUCACCAUGACAACAGUUGGAUAUGGCGAUAUUUAUCCACAGACAUUGCUUGGUAAAAUAGUGGGCGGGCUUUGCUGCAUCGCAGGUGUGCUGGUGAUCGCUUUACCAAUUCCUAUCAUUGUCAAUAACUUCUCCGAGUUCUACAAGGAGCAAAAACGCCAGGAGAAAGCCAUCAAGAGACGAGAGGCCUUAGAAAGAGCCAAGAGGAACGGCAGCAUUGUCUCCAUGAACCUGAAAGACGCCUUUGCCAGGAGCAUGGAGUUAAUGGACGUUGUGGUGGAGAAGAGUGAAGACAAACCUUCCUUCGAUAAUCACCUGUCUCCAAGCCGGUGGGGAAUUCCCAAGCGUGCUUCCUCGGAUGCCAGUUUAAGACCGUUUGAUAGAAAGAUGGGAUCACGGGAGUGUUUUAAAAGCUCGAGUCCACAGCAUCUUAAUGUGCAGAAACUAGAAGAAAUCUACAACCAGAUGAGCAAGACACGAUCCUUAUCAGACCUCGACAAAAAUCUGAGUGCUGCCGGGCCAAAGCAGGGGGCACAGAAUGCCAAAUCUCAUCGACAACGGAAUAGACCUGCUUCGGAUGUACCACACAUGGCGAGCAUUGACAGCUUUGCGAGCUGCACUGCUGAACUCAGAGAAGCCAACAGGUCAAACCCUUCUUCUAACACCGCAGCUCAGCUUGAGCAAAGUCAGACUGAAGUGCCUCCACUUUCCUACAAGAACUCACCAUCAGACAUGUCCAAAGUUAGUCCAGAAGAAGAGGAUGAACAGUUUGAUUACACGUCUAAAAACCGAGUUAACCAGGUAGCAUCCAAAGAAGAUGAUGAGUGCUUUGUGGAGAACACAAGUUUGGUGAAAAGUGGUACACCAGUUGAGACAGCCUUCCAAAUUAGUCCUGAACAGCAAAGCCAAUUCGAUUACUCACCUAGUCAUCACGUAACAUAUAAUAAAGCUAUUGUGAAUAACACGGCAUUUUUAAUUCAGAGCGUUGACCCAGACAUGACAGUAAAUUUUCUAGGAAAUACAGAUGACGCUCCUCUAACACCUCCAAGCACUUCCUCUGCUCAGGAACUCAGCAUCAGUUUUCUGGAAGACAACGACUCACCGAAGCAAGAGGGCUCGCCACUUUUUGCUGAAUCAGUAAUGCUAGCUAGAAUCCCAGAACAAGGACGAAUCCUUUCUCCAAAGUUUCCGCUUGGCGAUUUCCAUCCCAACGAGACUUUAGCGCUCCUCGAGGAACAUGAGCGGGCGUCCACGGAAGAGGACAUUGCCGGCACUUUGGUUCUUUCACCCAAAUUUACAGCACAAAACUGCACUCAGGACGGAGUAGGUGACAACGCAGAGGGGAAAAACGAAAGCAACCAAAGCGGACACAAAGUAGAGAAUCACAUGUUUACGCCAGAGAUUCAUCUCAUGCCUGGAGAUGGGGAUAUUUCACAAACUAGCAUGUGAACCACUGGAAGGUGGAAAAAAAAAAGAGGCAUGGAGGUGUAGCGAAAGAUAUUUUUGCAUGGCAUGAAAAUGAAAAGGUCAUUAUAUUUGUGGUAUUGUCUGCAGGAAAUAUACGGAAAAAGAUAUUUAUCUUCAAAAAAAAAUCACGAUCCUGCUGAUUCAUACGGACUCGACGACGGACGAGAAAGUGCAGAGAAAGAGCAUGCAUUAAAAACGUAUGUUUACGGUGCUUAGUUUGCUGAAAGCGCUUCACUGUAAAUACACCGAGGACUGAACGAUGCACAUAGUCACAGAGGACACAAGAAAUUCAAAUCCAACUUAUUUAUUUAAAUACCGUGCUUCAAAGACUGAAAAGUUGCAAAACAGCAACGUACUGAAACAUAUCAUUACACAGUAAUGCAAUGUGUACCAUGACAGAGCUGUCUUUUUUUUUUUAUUUAAGAGUAUAGUGUGUGAUAUCAACAACAUUUUGACUGGUAAUUUGCAAUUUGAGUUCAUAUCAGAUUUAAUGACCAGAAAUGAAGUCACGUUGGUUCAGGAAUCUUGAUACGAGCAGAUUUUCUUACUUAGUCAGCCAGCUGGCUAGUUUGGGAUGUUAAUGAACAUUGCGCUAGCACACCAGGCAGCUAGCAGAUAAGUCAGGUUUUGAAUGUGUAUAAUGAUGAUGUUUGACAGAAAUACUAACAUUCACCAUGACAAUGUGUUAAUAUAACUCCAUAUAUCUCACCUGUUCUCAUUUUCCAUUCACAUCUGCUAGCUAGCUUUCUAGGUAAAGGAUUUCUAGUUACAGCAGCUAGCAUAACACUGAACAGCUAAUUCACAGGUAGACACACGGACACUUUUAAUUCGGUUUAAUAACUGAUCCUUUAUGUCCUGACAAGACAUAAUUCACGGGUCCACGGGUCUGAAUCUGAACUUACUUGCUGUCCACUUUAUUAGGUACACCUGCAGUAUGUUUGUGCAGUUAUACAAGCGGUGUAAAAGAAAAAAUCACGUAGCUACAGAUCAAAAGCUUCAGUUACAGUUCACGUCGAACAGUAGAAUGCAGAGAAGUGUGAGCUACAUUUGCAAUUACAUUUCUGGCAUUUGGCAGACGCUCUUAUCCAGAGCGUCAUACAAGAGUACUUUGAAGUCUCUAUCAAUGAAUAUAUAUUAACACUGGUUCAAUAGGUCACAGACUUAGGAUUCCAUCAGAAGUAGGUUUUCAUCCGGCUUUUGAAGGCGGUCAGUGACUCGGCUUUACGGACAUCAUGGGGAAAUUCAUUCCACCACCUCGGUGCCAGAACCGAGCAGAGUCUAGAUGUAUACCUACCUCUUACCCUGAGAGAUGGUGGGAUCAGUCGAGCAGUGCUAGUAGAUCAGAGGGAACGAGGUGCAGUGCAAGGAGUAUAAUAAUGAUCUCUGUGAUUUUGAUCAUGAUUUGGUUGUUGGUAUGAGAUGGGCUGAGUAUUCUAGAAACUGCUGGGAUUUUCACAUGAACUAUAGACUUUAAAAAGAAUGAUUAAAAAAAUAUUCCAUUUUAAUAAGGGAGGUUGAUGGAGAAUGGGAAGACUGGCUUCAAGGCAAGUCAAGGCAAGAAGCUUUUAUUGUCAUUUCAACCAUAUAUACAGAUUCAGUACAUAGUGAAAUGAAACAACGUUUCUCCAAGAUCAUGGUGCUACAUAAAACAACACAGAGCUCCAUAAAACAACACAGAGCUAAGGACUUACAGUUAGGCUAUACGAUGACUCAAAUAACUACUCUGUACAACUGUGGUUCAAACUCGCUCAGACCUUGAACUGGACACAGGCUUACUGAAAUAUGGACAGCUGAAGAUAUGUACUCACUGGCUGUUUUUUCCGAUCUUCCGCUGUUCAGUCUGAGCAAGUUUGUGCCCCUGUAGUCUCAGAGUCCUGUUUUUGGCUGACAGGAAUGGAUUUUGUGUUUUGAGAUGCUUUUCUGCUCUCCACAGUUGUAAACAGUGAUAAAUUGACUUACCAGUGUUGAUUUAACUCGGAUCUCUCUAAUCAGCAUGUUGUUUCUACCCUCAGAGCCACUGAUCACUGGUUGUUUUUUGUUUUUCACACCAUUCUGGGAAAAUUCUAGAGACUGGUGUGUGUGAAAAUUCCAAGAAGUCGGCAGUUUCUGAAAUACUCAUGGUUGGUCACUGAGAUUUCAUUUUUAUUUUAUGUUUAAUGUGAACAUUUUUUAAUAAUACUCUUUAUCUGUAUCCACAUGAUUUUAUGCAUUACACUGCAGCUGUAUGACUGGAUAAUUGCACAAAUGUGCAGGUGUACAGAUGUAUGUUCUGGUCAUUAAAUCUUGUUUUUUUCUUUAUAUAUAUAUAUAUAUAUAUAUAUAUAUAUAUAU